AUUGUUUGGGAGGAGGAAAAAAACGCCGGGCCUGAAAGAUUGAUGAGUGAGAUAAGGAUUCGGUGUGAGCGUCAGUGUGCCAGGCAACGAGACGAGACGGACAGUCGAAGAUCGCGGACGGAAUAAUUUAACAACAAACAUGGCCUCUCGCAUAGGAUACAUAUCAACUUGAAACUUGUUGAUGGUUCGACAUCGUGUUUGAGGAAAGUUUGGGUUUGUAGUUGCCACUCUUCGUGUGCCUAGCAGAUGGAAUUAUGGAAGGGGCAACAAGACACAUCAGCGUAGCAGUACCGAGCAUGAAUAGUCCUCGAGCAGCAGUGGCGCGCCAAAGUGUCCAGACAGCUCUCAAUCGAUCUAUUCCUGCACAGGGACAAGGCGUUGAAGACUUCAUUCCUAGUAAAUCAAAUUCCCGAACCAAUAAGAGGACACCCUCCCCAAGGAUGGUCAGAACUGCCCCUAAUGUCAACCCUAGUGCUGCUACUAAUGAAUUUGUCGGGAGAACAAGAACAGGACCAAGUCGUCAACCCGCUAAAACCAGUAUUGUGGACUUGGGAGGAAUCCCCGGUCUGCAUCCUCGGGACAGAGUCAAUGUUCGGGGAAUUGGUGGUUUUUAUCCUCCACUUCGGAUGAAGACGGGAGCCGGAUCAGGAAAAUUUGCAGUUUCUGAACCUGUUUCGACAGCCUGGGGUCAAAAAUUCAAACCACAGGAAACUGACUUGUCAUCAUCAUCGUCAACAUCGUUGCAGCAAUACAACAUCGAGUUAUCACCAAAUCAGUCCGAUCUCGGACCUGACAGCGUACCAAACUCUCAGACCAACCUCAACUGGUUACAAAAGCGAAACAACGACCAAUCUAACAACAACGCUGCCAACAACUCUUCAGGACAAGAUCAUUCGCCGUCACCCCUAACCGCCAAAGACUCUUCUCGGGGUCCAUACCACACCUCUCCUACUCCCGAAGUGAAGGCGGGCAUCCAUCGCAAGAAGCCGGACGCGGCCUGGGUGAGGGCCUUCAAGGUCAAACAGCAUCGCAACAGCCGCUACAAGGAGAUGGAAACCGGUUCAAAAUCCACGUCGAGUCCCGAACUAGACGGAAAUAGGAAAUGGGGUUUGCAGGACUGAAGUCGCCGACCUAUAUUGGGACCCUAUUAUGUUGAUCUCUUUUUAAAACCAUUCAUGCUUCGGAUUUUGUUUGAUUGGACAAGUGCCAUCUCACAAAAAAAAACUUUUCAGAAGUACACGACGCGUUCUUGUAGAAAAAAAAAAGGAUUUAUAAAUUAGAUUAUUGGCGUAUCCCCUGAAACACUUAUAAAUGGGGAAAAUCCCUCCCAAAACCAGGGAGGGAGGAGUUGCGAGACGCAGGGUAUCUUGGCAUCUUCCUUGUAUGUUUGAGGCAGAUUUCGUGAAUUCUAUGUUUUCAUAAUCUUUCAUUUUGAAAUUCAAUUUCAACAUAUGCCUUCAAACUUGGGGAGGGUGAUUUAUUUUUUUGCUGGAUAUGUCAGCGGAAUUCCUAUGUGUUGCGCCAAAGUUUCUGAUUAGGAAAUCUUAUACCUUUUAACCAAGUGGAAAAUUAUUUUUAAAAGUUUGUAUCUUAUGUCUAAUAAAUGUUGAUAUGUUUCAGCCUAAUUAUUUUUGUUUUAAAUAUGUGUUCCUUUUAUUGUGUCAAACAUCAUAAUAUUGAAUAUGGAACAUUGGCUAAAGCUAUUAAUGCAAAAUAAAAUGAGUACCAGUAUGUCAUUUUAUUGCAAGCUGAAGGUAAGCUAUACAGUUGUUAAAAUGAAGACAAUACUUUGUUGGAAAACAGAAAUGUUGGAAUAAGGUAAUUGUUAACAUGAAAGACAUUCUAAAGAGCUGGAAAGCAUAUUUCCAUGUAAUAUUCAUCUUUUUAUUACUCUACUCAUUACAAUUCGUUUUUUAAAUAAAUAUCAUUCGUUUAACCAAACAAAUUGUUAUUAAUUCAUGUAAACUUAACAUUUUAUGACUGAUCAAAUAAUUUUGCAUGGUCAAAGAAAAAUAGUAAUAGCAUAUGGAAUUUUUCGUACAAACGAAUUUGUCAUACAUGAUUGUUCUGGUUUGUUUUACACACUUGCCUUGUUGUACGUUGCCGUCCAUGAUUUUGUGCUAUGUGCUGAAGAAAAAAGAUUUUUGUUUUCCAUUUCUGCUGCAUGUGCUUUUUUCAUCCUCAAAAACUGAAGAAAGAAAAUAAGAAUACCAUGUUCUAUAUAUGAAUUAUGUUGAGGCAAAUUUCCUGAA